UAUACUUUGGACAAGCUCACUAAAACGCUCUUGUUUUGGUCUUAAACGAAAACGAUGGCGAUUCUUCUGUCUUUCCUCUUGCUUCUUCUUCUUCCCCUUCUCUUCUUGUUUAUCAAUAAGAACAAGAAACACUCAAACAAUCUUCCUUCAGGUCCAACACAGAUUCCGUUCAUCGGAAACCUACACCAGAUCAAGGGCUCACUUCACACAUGUCUUCACGACCUCUCCAAGAAACACGGACCCAUGAUGCUUCUCCGUCUAGGGGUUGUUAGAAUGGUCGUGAUCACAUCGAGUGAAGGAGCUGAAGAAGUUCUCAAAACCCAUGACCUUGAGUGUUGUACAAGACCUACCACUAUCGCCUUAAAGACUUUCUCGCGCAAUGGUAAUGACAUCGGCUCUGGGGUAUACGGUGAAACAUGGAGAGAGCUGCGUAAGCUUUCGGUUCGUGAGUUUUUCAGUGUUAAGAAGGUUCAAUCUUUUAAGUACGUUAGAGAGGAAGAGUGUGACUUGCUGGUCAAGAAACUUAAAGAAUCGGCUUUGAAGCAAUCUCCAGUUAAUUUGAGCAAAACCCUAUUUUGCCUAACUGGGAGUAUCGUAUCAAGAACUGCCUUUGGACAGAGUUUCUUCGAGAACAAGCAUAUCGGCGAGGAAAGAGUCGAAGAACUGAUGCUUGAAGCUCACAAAAACAUGUCUCUCAAAUUCACUGAUCUCUUCCCCACUGGUGGUCUUGGAUGGUUUCUAGACGCUGUGUCAGGGCAACUUAAAAGACUUCAAAAUGUUUUCAAUGAGGUUGAUACGUUUCUUGAUCAUAUAAUUGAUGAUCAUCAAUCUAUGACUUUCACACAAGAUCGUCCUGAUCUCAUCGACACGGUCUUAGAGAUGAUACAUAAACAAGAAGAUAAUGAAUCUUUCAAGCUCACCAUUGAUCAUCUCAAAGGGAUCAGCACAAAUAUAUAUCUAGCUGGAGUAGACACAAGUGCCAUCACCAUGAUUUGGGCUAUGGCAGAACUAGUUAGAAACCCUAGAGUGAUGAAAAAAGUUCAGGACGAAAUCAGAACUUGCAUUGGAAGCAAACAAAAGGAGAGACUUGCGGAAGAAGAAAUAGAUAAACUUCAAUACUUGAAGCUUGUGGUGAAAGAAACCUUAAGACUACACCCACCAGCUCCUUUGCUACUCCCAAGAGAAACAAUGAGUCACAUCAAGAUUCAAGGCUAUGACAUUCAACCAAAAAUCCUUCUACUGAUUAAUGCUUGGUCGAUAGGACGUGAUCCUAAAUACUGGAAGGAUCCAGAAGAGUUUACCCCGGAGAGGUUUAUUGAUAGUCCUGUGGAUUACAGAGGAAAAAGCUUUGAGUUCUUACCAUUUGGUUCUGGACGAAGGAUUUGCCCAGGUAUGGCUUCAGCUAUUGCUACCAUUGAAUUGGGACUCUUGAAUUUGAUUUACUACUUUGAUUGGAGUUUGCCUGAAGAGAAGAAACGUAUGGACAUGGAAGAAGCUGGUGUUGUCACUGUUGUUAAGAAAAUUCCUCUUGAGCUUAUUCCUAGUCUUCACCAGUGAUUGGUUCAUAGAGUCUAGAGGAACAAGAAGCUGAACUGUGUAAUAGAUCAGACUUCAGACUAAGAGUUGUGUUGUUUCUUAAGAAUAAAAAAAAAAAUAAUGUUGUCCUCUUGCUAAAAAUUGGUUCAUUCACCGGUUUGUAUUCGGUUCAAAUAGGCCAUGUAAUAUUAUCAUCAUUUUAAAUAUAAU